AUGGUAGUCCCUCCGGAGAUUCAGAAAUACCAUCCUCACAUUGGUAAUCGAGAGAUUGUUGGCUAUGGUCGCAAUGGAACUCCACAGUAUUUGGAUGAUCCUCACUUUCCGUACCCCUCUAUACGCUUUCGUCCUCAGACUGAUGAAUUAUCAAUUGAAGAAAUGAAAAAUUUGUAUCGUCAUAGUUUUCGGAUGACGUUGGAAGAAACCAAGGCACCGCACCCACGCUGGAAGCUAGCGAUUGCAUGGGCCACAUUUCUUAUGUCGGGCGCAAUGCUUUACUUCUGUUUCAUUAAAUCUGUUGGUACGUUUCUCGAUCUUGGCCUACCACCUAAUCUACCUUUAGUUCUGAAUCUUCCGAAGUGCUCGUAUGCUGAAAAGGAUUACAAGGAUGCUUUACUUUACCGUCGUUUAUACAGUCGCGAUGGUCCUAUCGACGGCCUUUUUUCGCGGGCUUCGUUUGUUCUUUCGCUUGCCCGGCGUGGCCUGGCAACCAAAGCCGAGGCUAAUCUGAUUUCAAUCCUCAAGGUUCGUUUUCCUAAAUCCGAGAAGAUUUUAGUCGAAGAUGUCAGUGGUAAGUCACCCGCCUUCUGGGUCUGUUAUUAUAUAUGGUUAGGUGGCUGUGGCGCUAUGUUUCAAAUUUUCAUAAAGUCCAAGGAAUUCGCGGGGAUGUCUGUUCUAGCUCAACAUCGGGCCGUAAAGGAGGCUCUGAAAGAGGAAAUUCCAAUUUGUUACCACAUUUUCGGUGAGGACUUGAGAAGCCUCCAUGCUUUGCCGACGGCAAUGCUCUUCCAAGUCGGCCAGCUGUUCCUUAUAAAUCAUCUCGGCUCUCUCCAUGUCCGCGAGGCACUGCUUUUCACGCACAGAGAUCUCUGUCAGAGCGCUUUCCAGUCGAACCUGGAGCUCGUGGGCGAGCUCAGAUUCGUUCUUCAGGAUGUCGGUCGAAGCGACGUACGCCUCCCUCGCCUCCUUCAUCUCCAGUUUCAAUUCGGCGUAUUUUUUCUCAAACUCCUGGUUCACCGCAGUCAAUCUGCGCGCAAAGCGUCCAGCAUAAAAAAGGACGGGAAUGAAGAAUUUAAUGUUUACAAAAAUCUGUUUGUACGAAAUGCAGUGCUACACAUUCAAAUCGGUGACAUUGAGUUCGGCGAUCUCAUCGCGGUGUUGCUUCUUCAAGAACUCUACCUCUGCCUGAAUUUCAUCCCUCGACUUCUCUCCCGGCUGAUGCAUAUUGAAUCAAAACAGAGGAAGAUUCUGAUCAGAUGCGUUUUAAACUUUGAUACGUCCACUGACGCAAACGUAUUUGACAGCCCCUAUUUAUAUAAUUUCCAUUAG